AACAACAGCACAAAUUGCUUUCUCUUUACAUUCGUGGAAUCGAUAGUAUAAUGGUAAUUCAACGGAAGUGAACACUGAACAGACUACUUCAUCGUCUGCACCAGUUUUCCCGAGCCACAGCCUCUCUUCCAUAUAGAUUCCCAUUCCAAUUCAAAGCAACAAUCCCUCCAGCGGCAUGCUUUCAUCACUUGUCAAACACACUGCCCUCCGCUUCCGUAGAACCCCCGUCGGGAUGACGUCGUCCUGGUCGUUUUGGCGCCAAAAAUGGGACGGAACGGAGGAGUACGACCACAUUAAGGCUGAAGUGAACUGCCCCCGGUGCUCCAGUCAGAUGCCCGUGCUUUUCUCUAAUCGCCCACUCUCCAUCACGGUUAGGGAGCCAGGUCUUUUCCAGGCUCUCAAUCUCUGCCGUAACUGUAAGACCGCCUUCUAUUUCCGGCCGUUUAAGCUGGUUCCCUUGCAGGGGAGCUUCGUGGAGUUGGGGAGGGUCAGAGGAGAUGCCGAGGGGAUUUCGAGGAAAGAGUCUGGACAGAUUCGGAAACUGAAUGAUGAUUGUGAUGCCAACAAAGAUGACGACGAUUCGGGGAAGUUAGAGAGGAAAUUACCAACCCCCAAGGAGAUUUGUGGGAGGCUGGAUGAAUUUGUCAUCGGCCAACAAAAGGCAAAGAAGGUGCUAUCCGUGGCAGUUUACAACCACUAUAAAAGGAUAUACCAUUCCUUGGAGAAAAAAGAAGCAUCUGAAUUGGGUGACAAUGAUGAACAAGGCGUGAAUGAUUUUGUUGAGCUGGAUAAGAGCAAUGUACUGUUAAUAGGUCCCACUGGUUCAGGAAAAACAUUGCUUGCCAAGACACUAGCACGCAUUGUGAAUGUACCAUUUGUCAUUGCUGAUGCAACAAAUUUAACACAGGCAGGUUAUGUUGGAGAAGACGUAGAAUCAAUAUUGUACAAGCUACUUGUGGAAGCAAAGUUUGAUGUUGAAGCAGCUCAGCAUGGGAUUGUAUAUAUUGAUGAAGUCGAUAAGAUAACUAAGAAGGCCGAGAGUUCAAAUAUUGGGAGGGAUGUAUCUGGAGAGGGUGUUCAACAAGCAUUGCUAAAAAUGCUGGAAGGAACAAUAGUGAAUGUUCCCAUGCCUGAUAAAGGAGCUCGUAGGAACCCUCACGGUGAUAGCUUUCAGAUAAAUACAAAAGAUAUACUUUUCAUAUGUGGUGGGGCAUUUAAUGAUUUGGAGAAAACCAUUUCAGAGAGACGGCAAGAUUCUUCUAUUGGCUUUGGAGCACCUGUCCGUGAAAAUAUGAGGACCAAUCCCGUGAUUACUGCUGCAGUUACAUCAUCAUUGUUGGAAUCUGUCGAAAGUGAUGAUCUUAUUGCAUAUGGAUUGAUUCCUGAAUUUGUUGGCCGCUUUCCUAUUUUAGUUGGUUUGUCUGCUUUGGAUGAGGACCAACUUGUUGAGGUCCUCAUGAAACCAAAGAAUGCUCUUGGUAAGCAGUACAAGAAAAUGUUUAACAUGAGUGGCGUCAAAUUGUACUUCACUGAAAAUGCACUGAGGUUGAUUUCAAAGAAGGCAAUGGCUAAGAACACCGGUGCUCGUGGUUUAAGAGCCAUACUAGAAAACAUUCUUACAGAAGCUAUGUUUGAGAUUCCAAACACCAAGAUGGAAUCUCACAGGAUCAAUGCGGUUCUGGUUGAUGAAGAAGCUGUUGGGUCAGUGGAUGAAACAGGAUGUGGAGCAAAAAUUCUUUAUGCUGACAAUGAAAUGGAUCGGUUUCUUGCUAAAGAAAAACAUUGAACAACUUUGAGAGUGCUUGAAGAUGUUGAUCAAGUUUGGUUGGCAGGGGAGAGAAUGGAGGUCAAAGACACCCAAGUUUUGGUAAAGUUGGGAUUCACUCAACAUGACAGUGGCAGUCCAGAGUUUGUGAAUGCUUUUGUCGUAAAAAUGUGUAUAUAUACUUUAGGCUUAGAUCGAAGUGCUAAAGCUGAACUGACUCAUUAGGAAGAGGCCUCGAACUCACUUAUUACCCAAAAAUAAAAUAAAAACAGUGAUGAUAA